AUGCCUCCUGCAAAGUGCGACGUCAUCCCGAAAGAGCAGUUCACGCCCUUUGCCGAGAGGCGUGCUUGUUCGGGAUGUCGUAAGAUCAAGUCCCGCUGCAUCUUUCCCGACGACUCCAAUAGCUGCACACGCUGCCUUCGUCUAAGCAUCGAGUGUGUGGUGCCAUCACAUCAUCGAGGUGUCAAACUGGAAGGUCAAAAGAACAAGCAAAGCUCUCUGACACCUUCCAAACAGCGAUCCAAGAGUCUAGCGCAAGAGUCGCCAAGUCCUAGUCCUAACCAACAGUCCGACGCUUCCGCUUCGGCUGCUGUCAACCCUUUCUCUGUGCAAAGCUUGCUCGACACCACCUCGUCUGAACGCACUGCUUCCAAGGCGUUGCUCUCUUCCACCUUGCACUCUCAUCUUCAGGAGGAACCUUCCGUCAAAGUGUCGACUUCUACAGGCCGUCCCCUCAUCGAGUCGGUCAUCACCGCCGGUCUCUUUGACGAAGAUGAGGUGGGUGAACUCGUGCACUUCUACUACCAGCGUCUCAACCCCAUCAUUGCUCUGCUCGAUAGUCAAAUUUACAUACUCAAGGCGCUCAAGACCAAUCCGGACUAUCGCAUCCUGCUUGCUGCCAUCUGCACCGUCUCGUCCAAGUUUGUCAAAGUCGACCGCUACCUCGAUUCCCUCGAGUUCCUCAAACCCGCUCUCUCACGCAUUGCAGCCGAUGACAUUCCACCGCAGCUCGAGAUCAUUCAGUCGCUCUCCAUCUUGGCCAUGUGGAAGCAUCCCAAGGAUGGCAGCAGUUGGCGAAAAGUGAGGCUUGCCAUCACACAAGCCUUUGAGCUAGGCUUGCACGAGCUUUUCGCCCCACAGAAGCGAUCCAAGCACGCACCCUCUCGAUCCUUCAUCCAGUCCCAACGUACACUCAUCCAGCUUUCUUGUUUCGAAGAUGGCUACCGUGACCAGCGUCACUUGCCACCGGCCAUCGACCCGAGCCUGCUUCCAGACCCAAGAGAGUGGAUUGACUCUUUGGGAGAUAUGGUGCAGGACAUUGAUGUCCGUCUAGCAGCUUCACGAGAGAAUGCCAACAUCAAGCGCGACUUGAUCACACAGCUCAAGCGCUCCAAUGCAAGGAGUCCCAACCCAUCUCAGAUCAGCCGUGCAACGUGUCUUCGUAACGCGAGGCUCGUCAAGAUGGGCAUUACAGCACAAACUUGCUCCAGCUCGGUCUGGAUGAACCCACCAGCGAGCGAGAUCCCAUGCCAGCACUCGGGUCGACCUUGCUUGCUCUUCCACAAUACCAAUACCCUCUUCAACUACCAUCGUGCUUUGUACUCGAUCUAUAGCUCUCCAUUCUUGUCUGGGCCUGCAUUUGCCCAUGAUCGACAAACGGCCUUCCAGAAGUGCUCUGAGCUCUCUGUGCAGCUUUUCGAGCUGCUCAAUGGUCCUUACGGUCAAGCUGGCUACUACCGAUACGUUCAUGACAUUGUCAUCCUCAACUUGGCUGUUGCGGCAGUCUGGAUCUGUGACAACUGGCGUGCCAUGUCACAAGAUCUCGCAAUCUCUGCUUGUUCCGCCAUCCGUCAGGCAGCUGAUGCCACUUCGCCUUCGUUGGAGAACCACUUGGAACAAGGAUCCUAUCUUGCUCGUUUCUUGCGAUUCUGCUGCAAGAAGCUGCCUUCGACCGUUUCCAUCAACGAGAACUCACCCGUCAAUGCUGAGGAUCUUGUCAUUUCAGAAGACGCCAAGUGGGCUAUGGGGCUCAACCCUUUCACGCAGCUUUCGAAUGCUGUCGGUGGUGCAUCCUCCCCUUCGGGCCCUUCCUUCCGUUCUCCCUACGUUCCUUCGGCAUCUCCACGCAAUGGUGCAGGAAUGCAAAUGCCCAGAUACUCCAACCACCACAGUGGCAGCGGCUCACAACAUGCUCUUUACCACAACAAAACAGGUGGCAGUGCCAAUAGUCAAGCUUCCGGUUCACCAAGCUUGCUCUCCACGUCAAGUCCGCAGAAUCCACAUGGCCACUACGGUGGUAGUGCUGGCGAUCCCUCGGUUAUGAUCCACAACGGUCACGGGCAAAUGGCUCAUCACACUCCUGCAACAAUGCCAGGUUCAACAGUGCAGUAUUUGUCAGAGAGUCUCGUUCCACCUGCAUAUCCGAUGAAUUGGGAUACCUAUGAUGAUAACAGUAUCAUUACCUUUCUGCAGUCUAUUGGUAGUGCUUCUGGUUAA